AAUGUGUCUUGUAAAUAAACCAUUGAUCUUUUUCAUAUCGCAAUUAGCUCUGAUGUAAUGUCAAAUGAUUCAGCCCUAUGAUAUUUAUUAAAACUUGAUACAGGUAAAAAGCUGCCAAUCGCCAAGGACUUUAUUUAUCAACUCCCAAUAUGCUAGGAUUUGUGUUAAGUUUUGCUGUAAUUGCAGUUGCUGAUGGGAAUCGAUGUCUAAAAGAUGUAGAUAUAGGCCCAUGUGACGCUAUCGUACCAAGGUACUACUUCAACCAAGAUACUGGUUCGUGCACAUCUUUUAACUAUGGUGGUUGCGGAGGAAAUGACAACAACUUUGAGACAUUCGAGAAAUGUAACACGCUCUGUGGGGAAGGUGUAUGUGAUCAACCAGCAGACAUGGGGCCAUGUGAGGCCGCCAUGCCAAGAUUUUAUUACUCGCAGGAAACCGGUACAUGUGAGAGAUUCAUCUACGGAGGUUGUCAAGGAAACGGAAACAAUUUUGAGACUAGCGAUGACUGUUUGAAACGUUGUGGAGGUGGAAAAGGUACUCUCAUUAAAAAAUCUGCCUGCAACCUUGCCCCUGAGGUAGGGGAUUGUGAUGGGGUCUUUGAACGGUGGUACUUCGAAGAAUCUCUGGGGCAGUGUUUGACAUUUACUUGGGGAGGAUGUGGGGGAAAUGCUAACAACUUUCGAACGCAAGAAGAAUGCUGCAGAAGCUGCCCAUGUGCUUAAAUGCAGUGAGAUGUUCUGCUGUUCUUCAUAUUAGUUUAAGAUUUUUGCAAGAAUUUUACACAAUGAAGUACCAGCGCUGAAUCGCACUGUGUGAUUGUGUUUAUUUUAACAUCGAUUUUGCACCUUGGCACGUUUACUAUUUCAGUUUGACGGAUAGAUGACCAGUCCACGUUCAGAAGAAAUAUUGCAUUAUUGUCCGACAACCUUAUUUAAUUUCAAUAAAAUUGUGCAAACGCAUGUUGGAUAGUUUUGUCUUUUGAUGAUUUAAAAAAAUUCUGAUACAUGAGCUAUAAUGAUAUUUGCAAAAUAAUUGUAUUUCAUAGGCCUAUCUGACUCUAAUUCAUAUCUAACUAUUGAGUUACGAGGUGAGUUUAAGGUUAAUUGUAUUUUCU